UCGUCGUUGGCGUCCCUAUCCUUCGGUUGCAGAAUUCCUCCCACCGGCGGCCCUUCCCUCGUCGUCGAUAAAAGAAAAAAAAGGAAGAACAAGAAUUGGUAACUAAUAAAAACAUCAAAACCCGAGAGAAACUAACCAACCAAAAGACAACGGGUUGCGCCAAGGGAGGGUGUAGGUAGCCAAUCGAGUCAAGGUUUUUCCCCCCACCCGUUUGGACGUCGGCACGCUAAGCAACGUGAGCGGCUGCCAAAUACUUUGAUGCGACGUCGAAAGUAAAAUUAAACUCCCAACCCGAGAAAGGGGGCCCCCUUCUUUUUUUUUUUCUUCUUUAUCCCGCCCCUCCUCACUGGCUCCUACUUCACUUUCACGAGGUAUUUUUUCUGCUGUAUUUGAUUCCUCCGUCAGUCCUGUUUGGUGUACGGUGGGAGCGUGAACCGCCGAGCGACGACGGCGGAUCCAAUCAGAAAAUCAAACGGUGAAUGGCUCGGGUGAUUUGCGUCGAGUUUGGGAAUUCAUCGCUGCCACCGACAAAUUGUAAAAUUAAAUUCGACGGAUGAUUUGUGUCGUCGUGUCUGUGCGUUUCCUAUUGAUUUUUGUGGUGAGGAUUAUUGAUGUUUGGCUGCCGAUCCAUCGGACUCCACCGCCGCCAUGCAUUCGACGUACGUCAAAAUGGCCAUGGAUCGCCAGCGGGCCGAACUCCGCCACCGGAGGAACCGACGGCUCCGAUCGGCCAUGGUUCUCAAGAACAAAUUGAAAGACUGCUGCCGAAAGAUCACCGCCUUCUUCUUCACUCAAAUGAUUAGAUUGGAGUUUGUGGACUUAUUGUCGGUUAUACAAUCGUCGGCGCCUUCAUGUUCAUCGCCCUGGAGGCGGAAGCCCAGCAUCCACUGACACAGCAAGUCAUUACUCGCCGUCGAUCCUGCGUCGACUACUUGUGGAACAUUACCCAUCAUCUCAAUGUCCUGAAUUACGACCAAUGGCGACAGGACGUCAAUCGCACCGUUUUCGAGUAUCAAGCGCAAAUGGUGCGUCACAUCCGGCGCGGUUACGACGGCACCGACGAGAAUCCCUUGUUGAUGCGCUGGACCAUUCCGGCGGCUUUGAUGUAUUGCAUCACCAUUUACACGACCAUCGGUUACGGCAACUUGACGCCGAGAACUGCCGGGGGUAAAUUCGCCACGGUGAUUUACGCCAUGGUGGGCAUCCCGCUCAUGUUGCUCUACAUGGCCAACGUGGGUGAAAUCCUGGCGACAUCAUUUAAAUUCACUUAUAAGAAAAUGUGCAAAUGUCCUAGGAGGCGGAGGAGGGGUCAGUUGACGCCGGAAGUGGCCACCAUUCCGGUCAGUCAAGAGCCAGUGAGAGACAAGAAGCGGAAGAAACAUAAAACGGAUCCAGCGGCGACCAUCACCGUCUCGGUCAUUCCGGUGGAGCCGGCGGAAGAAGACGAUCCGACCGCUUACGAUCCGCAAACAGUUUCCGUCACCAGCUGUCUGGUCGUCAUGAGCAGUUUUGUGAUUGGUGGCGCCAUCCUCUUCAGCGUGUGGGAGGGUUGGGGCUAUGUGGACGGAUCCUAUUUCUGUUUCACCAGUUUAUUGACGAUCGGCUUCGGGGAUUUCGUUCCCGGUCAGACGAUCGCCCAUUCACAGGACGCCGUCGACAGUAAACUCAUCAUUUGCGCCGUGUAUCUGUUACUGGGCAUGGCCCUGCUGGCCAUGUGUUUCAACUUGAUGCAGGAAUCGGUUUUCAUGAAAAUCAAACGACUCGGACGCCGGCUGGGUUUGCUCAGAGACAGAUCUGCUGCUGCUGCCUCCUCCUGAUCCUGCUGCCAAAUUCAAUCGUCGUCCAUAUUGUUUUUCAUCUUUUCUUGUUAUUGAAAAUGUAUUGUCGCAUAACAGUUUCUUUCCACAUGUGCCGCCUUGCAAUAUAUAUAUCAAAACGACAUUGUUGACACACA